CUGGACUGUGUACUACUACGGUCUCCUUCAGAGCUGUCUGCAGCAAGCUGGCCUUCCUGAGACCCAGGAUCGCAGCCAGGCACCUCGUACAGGUGCCUCAGGGCUCCGAAAAACAGGCCUCCCAGAGACAGGGGAGGGACCUUCAGUUCAGUUGCUUCCCCUUGUCUGUCCAGGCUGGCUCCUCCCCCAGGCUCUGGUUCCAUCUAAAGGCAAAACCAGAGGGCCUAGGGCAGGCAGGUCUUAUCUCCAAGGACAUCAGGUCAGGGCUCCCCACCAUGUCCCACCCUACCCAUCCUGCUCCCUGGAAAUCCCCGAUAUCAUUGCAUAUUCUGUGGAGCUGAAACUUCUAGAGCGAUGUCUUAGGAGAUGCUAUGGAUGCAGCUGAGCAGUUGCGAUCCCAAGAUGCCUCCUUGUUUCAUAGAUCAGGCUGCCCUGGGGCAGAGGUGACCUUGUGCAUUCUGGGUUCUCCCAGCACCUUCCUAUCUCUAUUGCUGGAGGGUGGGAUCCAGAGUCCUGGAAACAUGCUACUUUGCCUGUCCCCUGCCUGGCUGAUGAAGGUGGCAACUCCAGGCCAAGAGGGUGAGGCAGCCCUGCUGGUCUCCAAGGCUGUGAGCUUCUAUCCAGGGGGCCUGACAUUCCUGGAUGACUUUGUUCCCCCUCGGCAUGCUACUUACUUCCUGGCAGGCCUGGGGCCAGAAUCUGGCCAUGGCAAGGAGGCAGCAGAGCUGGCUCGGAAUCUCACUUGCCCCACAGGAACCUCAUCGGAGCUGGCACGGCUGCUGGAGAACCGGCUGCUGAUGAGGUGGUUGCUGUCCCAGCAGAGUGGUGUGGCCGUGCCAGCUACCCUGGCUUUCACUUAUAGGCCUCCAGGGCUGCUUCGGGGAGGGGAUGCCAGCCCUGGACUCCGGCUGGUGGAACUCAGUGGGAAGGAGGGCCAGGAAACACUGGUGAAAGAGGAAGUAGAGGCCUUUGUGCACUCCGAGGCCUUGGGUGAUGCUUCACAGGUGGCUGUGAGGCUCAGUGGCUGUCGCGGGCGUGGACAGCAGGCAUUGCCUCUGCACCUGCGGGUAGAGCCAUCCACAGUGGUGAAUACGGUGCUGGGAUUGCUGGAGAAGCUGGAGGAGGAGGAGAGUGUCCUUGUGGAGGCCAUGUGCCCACCUGUCCGGCUGCCCUUACCAGGCGGUCCUGCACCUGGCCCUGAGCUGGCUGUGCGUGUCUGUGCAGUGGUGUGUCGGAUUCAGGGUGAUAGGCCCCUACUGAGUAAGGUGGUGUGUGGCGUGGGCCGUGGGGAUCGACCCGUGCGGCACCACUAUACCCUGCCGAGGACACUGGGGGUGGCGCUGGCUCAGUGUGGCCUGGAAGAGGAGGCGCAGGUGGCGCUUCUGGAGCAGGGCAUCAAAGAAGCAGCCGAAGGCGCAUUGGCCGCUGUGCUGGCCCUGGAGGCUGGACUGAGUGUGGAGCAGCGUGGUGGACGCCAAGUGCACACCGACUUCCUCGGCGUGGACUUCGUUCUCACGGUGAUCGGACGCACGCUGACGCCCGUGGUCCUUAAGCUGAACAGUGGCCUGUGCCUAGAGGCCUGCGGCGCGCUCGAGGGGCUGUGGGCCGUGCCACGCCUGAGACGCUCAGCUGAGGAGGCAGCGGCAGCGCCGCUGGUGGAGACCAUGCUGCGGCGCUCAGGGCGCCACCUCAUGGACGGCAAGCAACUGCUGGUGAUCGGCGCCGGCGGCGUCAGCAAGAAGUUCGUGUGGGAGGCGGCGCGGGACUACGGACUGACGCUGCACCUGGUGGAAUCCGACCCCAACCACUUUGCAUCCCAACUGGUACAGACCUUUAUCCACUUUGAUGUGACUGAGCACCGGAGGGAUGAGGAGAAUGCGCGGCUGCUGGCUGAGCUGGUACGAACCCGGAACCUGAAGCUAGAUGGCUGUUUCUCCUUCUGGGACGACUGCUUGGUGCUUACUGCUCUCCUCUGCCGUGAGCUGGGUCUGCCCUGCAGCCCCCCAGCUGCCAUGUGCUUGGCAAAGCAGAAGAGCCGCACCCAGCUACAUCUGUUGAGGUGCCAGGGCCCACCCUGGCCUUCGACCUCUCUCCAUGCCGUGGCCUGUUGCCCAUUGGAGAGUGAGGCUGAUGUGGAGAGAGCCAUUUACCAGGUACCCCUGCCAGGUGUGAUGAAACUGGAAUUUGGGUCAGGAGCAGUAGGCGUGCAGCUGGUGAAGGAUGGGCCACAGUGCCAUGAGCACUUUUCCCGGAUCCUCCAUGAUCUGCAGGGUGAGGCUGACCACCCCGGCAUCGGGCUGGGCUGGGGCAAUGCUAUGCUGCUGAUGGAGUUUGUUGAGGGCACAGAGCAUGAUGUGGACCUGGUGGUGUUCGGUGGACGGCUGCUGGCUGCUUUUGUCUCCGAUAAUGGCCCCACAAGGCUGCCUGGCUUCACAGAGACUGCAGCCUGCAUGCCAACUGGGCUAGCACCAGAGCAGGAGGCCCAGAUGGUGCAGGCAGCUUUUCGCUGCUGCCUGGGCUGUGGGCUGCUAGAUGGGGUUUUCAAUGUGGAGCUCAAGAUGACUGGGGCUGGGCCGAGGCUCAUCGAGAUUAACCCUCGAAUGGGAGGCUUCUACCUUCGAGACUGGAUCCUGGAGCUCUAUGGUGUGGAUUUGCUUCUGGCUUCUACAAUGGUGGCCUGUGGCCUGCAGCCUGCCUUGCCUGCUCACCCUCGUGCCCGUGGCUACCUAGUGGGCAUCAUGUGCCUGGUGUCCCAGCACCUACAGCUGCUGAGUUCCCCGGGCAGUCGAGAGACUCUGCAAGCCCUCCAUGACCAGGGGCAAUUACGACUCAACCUGCUGGAGGAGGCCCUGAUACCUGGCCAGUAUGAAGAGCCCUACUGCAAUGUGGCGUGUGCUGGGCCCAGCCCUGCUGAGGCCCGUCACCGCCUGCUAGGCAUCUGUCAGGGCUUGGGCAUUGACAGGCCCAACUACCCUGUUGCCCAUUUCCUGUCUCAUUUCAAAUAGCACCGGGGUCAAGGAGCAGCAGGGAUGCAGUGCCAGGAGGAGGGGCUGUGGGGCUCUAUUUCCCUGUCCCUCUCUCUGUCACUUUGCCCCAAUCCUGGGUCAGCACGCUACCACAUCUCAGGUCUGUUCCAGAACAGUAGAGCCAUUGUGACACCAAAGUCUUCUGGAUUCAAGGACCAUAAAACAAGUAUCUAGAAUUUGCUGGGUCCUCUUGCCUUCCAGAAAGCCUCCAUCUAGCCCCAGGUAUCCCCAGGACUGUAGCCUUUAAAGAACUAACAAACAGCAGCUUCUUCACCCGCACAUCAGUGCCCAGCCCAGAUGGGGGCGGGUGAAACCCAAGCUCCUCCUUCCUUACCCCUCCACCGUCUAGGUCCAGCUCUUCCUGUCACCUACACAAGGAGAGACCCCCCACCAGCCCCUAGCCUUGGACAAAGGCCAUGAAAUGGGAGAUUAGCACACCAGCCUUUAUGCAAAACCCAGGACAGUUGUAGAGCCUGCUGAAAAUGUCUGGCCGUGCUUCACUGUGUCUUUGGCCUGAGCAGUAGAAGCAAAUGUCUGUGCUCAGCACUAGGAGUAAACAUUUCCCUUCAUGCUUUCAGGCAGAUCCUAGUGCCCCUAUGUUAUAGAUGAGGAAGCAGGCUCAGAGAGAGAGAAAAAAAUGACUGCCUUCAUGUUCCUAUGACAGUGGAUGUGGACAGAAUGCCAAGGCCAACCUUCUCUGUUUACUGUUUUACACGCUCAGUUAGCCUCCAGGUCCUCUCUCCUUUCUAUCUUCAUUUAUAGGCAGCACUCAGACUCCUAAACACCUGCCUCCCAUACACCACACACGAUCUCUACCAGCUUUGUUGCUUUGGCCUCUGGCAUUCCUAAGGAGCUUGGCCCUGGGACUUCGGUGUAUACCUUUCCGCAUUCUAGGGAGCUAGCUACUCUGAAAACACCUGUCUUUGCCCGGGAGCCGAGGACAGCUCCUGAAACCUGCCUACCCAAAUAAAGACUUGUUAACUAG